AUUUGAGUACCAUGGCAAAACUUUCAUAAAGUAUUCUAACGGAGGAGUUGUUAAGAUGGCGGCUCUCCCCGCUUGUUCGGGGAACAUAGCCUUUACCCUCUACAGAGCACACCACGUAAUCUUUAAUCCCGCUAGUCUUUUUCAUACCAUCGCUCUAGCCGGUUUGUUUAUUUGUUUAGGAUGUAGCAGAACUUUCUUGAUCAAGUUUUCUAUGAGAGAUGGUGGCUACGAUUAUCUACCUGUAACUGUUAAUGUUAUGGCAGAGUUUAUUAAGUUUGUUUUCUGCUUGUCAAUCUCCUUUUACAUACUUCUAUAUAAAGAGGGUAAACGUCGUAAGGAUAUCAUCUCCUUUGCUGGGAUACAAUGGCUGCAGCUGUUCAAGUGGUCUGUCCCCGGCCUGCUUUACUUCUUUGAUAACCUCCUUGGGUUCUAUAUUCUCGUCAACUUAUCUCCUGCAGUAUACAGCCUCAUGGGCAACUUUGUCAUCAUCACAACCGCUAUCCUCUUCAGAAUAGUAUUAAAACGAAAAUUGUCUCGAACACAGUGGGCAUCACUGGUGAUUCUAUUCCUAUCAAUAGUGGCUCUAUCCAAUCAGAAUCCAGACACAGGGCAGCUGAAGCACCAUCAGCAUGUUGUCCAAGACAAACCCUCUGAAGAUGUUGAUAUGCCAGAGAUCUGUAGGCGAGUUCUAGUUGCUGAAAACUACACAAGUGUUGCAGAAGUGGAAACAUCAUCAUUCCAAAUGAACAAGGGACAUGUGCUGGUUUUGAUUCAGUGUUUAAUGUCAUCCUCUGCAAACAUCUACAAUGAAAAGAUCUUCAAAGAAGGUUCCGGAAUGGAUGAUAGCAUUUACCUCCAGAACAGCAAGCUGUAUGCUUUUGGGAUUUUGUUUAAUACUGUCCCACUUGUUUUGAGGUCGGACUUCAGGAAUCAUGUGUGGAGGUGUGGGUUUUUUCAUGGACAUAACACCCAGUCUUUCCUUCUCAUUAUUGUCACUGCUGCAUAUGGACUAACUGUAGCACUUAUUCUUAAAUUCCGGGACAAUAUGUUUCAAGUAAUGUCAUUUCAGUUAACAAAUGUCCUUAUCAUCACAUCAUCAGUAUUGUUCAUGGACUUUCAUCCAGCUUUGGAAUUCUUUCUUAUAGCACCCAUCGUGCUAUUAGCUAUCUUUGUAUUUAAUGCAGGCAAAAAGAAAAAUAAGAAAGUUAUCGGUGAGGUAGAGUAUACUUCUCUUGAACGAGGGGAUACCCUUAUGGAAUGACGUUUGUGUCUCUAGAGGGAAUAAUACAAAUUAAUAAGAUGUGUUAUUUAAUUUAUAUUUUCAAUUGUACAGUAUAAAAGAGUCUACCCUACAAAAUAAAUGCCUUUUUAUGUGUAA